AUGUCUGAGAAAUAUCUAACUUCAGAUAAAGUAGAAGCUUUCGAGUCUGAAUUUGUUUUUUCUGAAGAUAAAGAUUUUUCAAGUGACUCGGACGGGGAUUUUGAACCAUAUAAUAAAAUUUUAAAACAAACUAUAAGUACUAAAUUGCUUACACAAUACUUUGUAACAACAAAAAAUGAAGAAAGUAUAGAUAAUGAAAAUGAAGAUGAAAGUGAUGAGGAGGAGAAUAUAAAUAAUUUUAAUGGAACAGUUAGUAUAAAUGAUAAUGUAAAUUUAUUUGAUAUUAAUAGUGUAUCAUAUAUUAGCUUAGAAGAAAUUUUUAAUGAUAAUAAUAAGCUUAACUUUAAUGAUAAAAAUUAUGUAGAAAGAUUUGAAAAACUCGAAAAUAUUUUGCAAUAUCAAUAUAAGUUGGGUAAAAUGCAAGCAAGUAUAUGUGUUACAGAAGAAAUUUAUAGUAAAGGUUCUUAUCAGGCAAUGCUUAUUCGUAAAUAG